AUGAGAAUUCCAACCAUUAUUGAUCAUAUUGUUCGCGCGGGGAAGAAAAUGUGGUUAUAUCAGAAGAAUCAGACGCUCUGCGACGUGGUGCUGAUCGCUGGAGCUGAUAAUCAGAGAAUCCCUGCUCAUCGUGUUGUUCCGUCAGCGGCUUCUGAAUACUUCGAAGCAAUGUUCACUGGCGAGUAUAAGGAAUCUCUGGACGAAGAAGUGACUCUGACCGAGAUUCCGGAAGAUGAUCUUCGGCAUCUGGUGCAGUUUUGCUACACAGGAGAAAUAGAGCUGAGCGAGGAAAUUUCUGAGGAUUCCGUGUGCCUGGAUUUUGCCUGGAUUUGGUGAUGGAAGCUUACGAGUGGAUAUUCAUUCCGGAAUGCCGAGCUGCGAUGUCCAACGAAAUGUCUCGUCGAUUACGAAGGAGUGGAGCUUCUUGGCUCCCAUGAUGAAACAUCGAUCUUCUAUUGGAGUAACAGCGACCAGAAAUUUCAUCCCAAGGCAGAUUUGAGGACUAUUGUGGCAUCGCUCGAUAUUUCUGGUGCGAUGAGAACUGUUCCU